AUGGGGAACCACGGCUCGAACCUGGAUGACAUCCUGGCGGAGGACAUGCACCACUGGUACAACAAGUUCAUGAAGGAGUCUCCGUCGGGCCUGAUCACACUGUUCGAGCUGAAGGCCAUCCUGGGCCUGAAGGGGAUGAGCGAGAACGCCAACAGCUACGUGGAUCAGGUCUUCUUCACCUUCGACAUGGACGGGGUGAGUCUCAAAGUGAAAUUCAGGCAAACGGAAAAACGUGUGUGAAACAUCAGUGACCCUGAAUCAGAUCAAAUCUAACAGAGAGUGAAGAGGAAGUUAUAGUUUGUUUGUAGGUGAAACUUCAGAAUCACAAAUUAAACUUUAAAUUAUUUUUUGAUAGAACAUCAGACGGCUUUUAUCGGUCAGUGAAGGUGGAAAAAAAGUCUAACUGUGAAAGUCUGAUUGAAAAAUAAUGUUAAAAAGAUCAAAUCAAGAAAUCUUGUCUAAAAAGACACAGAUAUGGUCUAAAACUGGUCCCCCUCCGCUCCUAGGAACAUAGAUCACGAUAGAAGCUAAAAAUAAACUUAAUCUCCACGACUUCAACUCUCCAAGAUCUAAUAAAAGAAUACUUUUUACUUUUCCAUGUCAAACACACGCACAGUCCUCUCUCGUCGAGAAAUUUCUUAUUUUUAAAUGUGGUUUUCUGGUGAAAUUGUUAUUUUUUAUGUAAAUUUGCUGGAGUUUACGUAAACACGAUACGCUAGCAACAUGUUAAAGUUUCACUUGCAUAAGUGGUGCAUAACACGACUAAAUGUAGAAGUAUAAAUUUAGGAAUUCAAGUAAAAGUAUCUGUUGAGUUAUUGAAAAACAAGCCUUGGUACAAAAAAAGGAAAAGUUGAUUUUCCAUAAAAGAAACUUCCUCUAAAAUCCGUCACUGAGUCAAAGUUUCACAGUAAAAGUAUUUUUGGCUGAAGGUUGUCGUAGUAACAGUUUUGUUUUUCCGAAACUUUUAAUUCCUGGUGUAUUUCUGUACUUCUACAAAAGAGUAAAUGAUGUUUAUUCUGGAGUAUUUUCGCCCAAGUCGAGGUUCAGAGUUCCUGUGAGGCAGUGCAGAAAAAAGUACAAUGCACACCUGUCAGCAGAAGAAUAAUACUUAGAUACUCAAGUCAAGUAAAAGUACUGUCACUGAGUACUACGUGUUUGAGAACAGUUUUUGUGUAAAAAGUUUGAAGGAUCCUUCUGUAGUUUGUUCUUAAUUUUACACUUUGAGCCCAAACUUGAUAAAAAAAACUAUCAGUAUUUUUGUAUUGUAUUUUCAUUAUUUUAAUACUGCAGUACUUUUACUUAGUACAGUUAUUUUCAAAAUUGUCCUGUGAUAAAAGCUGCCAUGUUUCAGAAAUCUUCAUUCACAUGUAAACACUGAUUUGAUUUCAUCAAACAGUUGAACAGUUCUGUUGUAUUUGACUCAGUUUUCAUCAUCUGAUAUAAAAUCAAACAUUAAAAAGUCAUUUAAAGAUUGUUGGAUGACUUCAGUAUAAAAACUGCAAAAAACAGUAAAUUAUUUUUGUGAAAUUUUGUCUGAACAUGAAAAUUAAAAAGGGUCGGGGCUCUCAAGGGUCUGCAGGCAGCUGAUUGGUUUUCUAAAGGUACACAGGAGUAAAGGUGUGAAUAUUUGGGCCAAUCGAUGAACUCCAGCAGGUCACAGAAUCAUGAAUGAGACACAUGUGGAGGUUCAGGUGCAGGAUGGGAAAUCAAGUCCACCUGCAGGUCAUGUGGCAGACUUGAGAGAAAAGGGUCUUAAAUUAGGAUUUUAAGGUUUAUUGAGUUUUUAAAAAUGUAAGUAACUUAUUUUAAUGUUUAGACUGUUGAUGGUUCGGCCAAGUGUUGGGGAUGUUUUUGGUCAAAGUAGAAUUUCAAGUUCAAGAUUGAAGUAAAAUGACGUCAAACUUUUACAUUCACACUUUUUUUCAACAAACAUUUUACGCUUAAAACCACAAGUAAUUUUUAAAAAAGAAUUUCACUCUGUCAAAUUUUAGUUUAGUAAUUUUAGUUUUCAAGAGUUCAUUUCAGCAGAAGAAUGUUGACUGGAUGUUUGUUGGUUCAAGAUGUUCAAUAAGAACAACCAUCGUUCUUUGUGUCUGAAUAUUUUUGGAUGUACGGAGGCAGAUGUUAGUUUAGAUGAAGUCACUGUCCCAGAAGAAACUCAUAUACGAGGGUCUCAUGGUUAAGAUGACUGUCAGUAGGAUGUCUUUUACUGAACAUUCACUGAAGAUGUGAAAAUGCCAGACAAAAUUAAAAUAUUUUCAUAUUUCACUUUAGUUUACACACAAAAUAUACUGAAAAUUGAUGAAGUUAUACACUUUUCUUCAUAUAUUCUGUGGGGAUGAACUUGUUUGGUUGCCUUAAUAAUUCUGCUCCUGAAAUACUCGUUACUUUUUAAGUCAGUUAUUUCUUUUAAAUAAGCUGGUUUCAUUUUAAUUUGUUCAAACAAAAUGAAUAUUGGUCAUUUUUAUUUUUCAGCUUUCAUUUGCAGCUCAUAGUUUUCAUCACUUCAGAUAACGUGACGCUCAGCUUUACAGUGUAGAUAGACAUAAGCUUAUUUAAAAAAAAUGAAAAAUCACAAACUUAAGUGGAACAUUAAUUUACUCACAAAUAUUAGUAAACUUAUAUCAAUUUCUGUAACAGAUUUGCUCUCAAAUUACAGUAAAAGUUAAACUUAAGUCAGAAAAACGUGCCAGAAUUGAAAAAAAUUAGAUUUUUGCUAAUUUGAAGAUGAUGUGCUUUGAUCUCUGAAAUUAAGAUUUUGUACUUUUAAAAUAGUUUAUUAAUUUUAGCAACAUAAGUCUUAAGCUGCUAAAAAUUUUCAAAUGAACUCAAUAAACCAGUUUUCUAUGACUGAAAACGAAGGUCACUUCUAUAGAUAAUGAAAAAACAGAGUUUUAAAGAAUAAAGUUGUAAAUUUACAGGAAGAAAGUUGUAUGAAAAAAGUCACAAAAUUAUGAGAAUAAAGUUAAAUUACAAGACAAACCUCAUGAUAUAAAGACUUGAGAUUAAAUGAGAAAAAAUUGUAAAUGAAUAGAAAAAAAAUAAAAAGUUAAAAUGUAUUAAAUGUGUAAAUUUAAAAAAUACAAUAUGUUUACAGUCAUGAGAAUAGAGUGAAAUUGUAAACCUGUAAAAAAAAAAACAAGAUAAACUGGUAAAUAAACAAGUUGAAAGUCAUGAAUUCAUGAAAAAAGUCUUACAUUUACAAGAUUAGGUUAAAAGUCAUAAAUCUACGGAAAACAAAGUAAAAAGAAAUACAAAAACUGGGUGACAGAUUCCUAAAUUUACAGCUGUAAAUCUAGAAGAAGAAUCGGGUCAUUUUGUUUAGUUACAGUCAUAAAUUAACAUUUAAAAAAUUAGAAUACAUGACAGUUAAAUGCUACAUUUGCAAGAUCAAAGUUUGCAAAAAAGUUUGAAUUGACAAGAUUAAAAUAUGAAAAUGAAGAAAAAAAUAAAGUUGUCAAAUUUUGAGUUAUGAGUUCUUCAUUUACGAAAAUAAACUGGUUAAUUUCUAAAGUUUUAGAUUUCUCAGAUUUAAGUUAUCAUACACAAGAAUACUGAUAAAUUUACAAAUUUAAGUCAUAAGUUUGAAAAAAAGAUUGUUACGUCUUGAGAUUAAAGUUGUGAAUAUACAAGAAUAAACUGAAAACUGAGAAAAUCAGUAAAAACAAUUAUCAAAUAAAGAGUCUGAAGGAAAAUGCUGUAAGUUCACAAGAUUAAAGUUAUAAAUUUACAUGUUUAUUAAUGUAAAUUUACUGGAAAAAAAGCAGUAAAUUCAUGAGUUUUUAAACUAAAUUUCUAAUUUUUCUUGACGUUUUCUGGUUUGUAACUGGUUUGUAAGCAUUUUAACUUUUUGCAGCAGGUUUGAAAUGAGGACAAAGAUGGCGGCCGCGGCACUUUCUCUCUCCCUCUGCCUCUCUCUAAUUGGCUUACUCAGUUUGCAUGCAGGUUUGAUCCCUGUAGUGUAUGUUUAUGGUGAGUUAAGUGGAUUCAGACUUGGCGCUGAGGUUCAGGGAGGAUGUUCUGAGAAAGGAGAGAGCGGAAGGACACCUGAAGAUCACCUGGCAGGUUAAGAUGGUGGAGAUUUUUUUUUUUUACACAGAGCACUGAAUUCACAGAAAUACUGACCUAUCAAUUAACAGCACUUCUAAUAAAUCAGCCAAUCAAUGGAGUCAAUCAAACUGCUGCUUUAAUCCGUCUGCAAAACAAUUGGUUUGGAGCCUGAGGACAGAUGACAAAUCAAUUAAAGAAAGGAGCUUAAAUAACAGAGAGAGAGAGAGAGAGAGAGAGAGAGAAAGAGAGAGAGAGAGAGCUCUGAAAUCAGCUGAUCAAUAAAAUAAUUAUACACAAACUGAUCAAAUAAUCUUAGUCAGGCCACCCAACAACUGAGGACAGCUUCUUGUAGACAUGACAGGAACUGCAAUUUUUGGGACCCUACUGGGCAAGAUGAGCUUUUAUUUUGAAAGGGAAAACUAAACAAUCCCAAAGAUCCAGCCCUGGUCGGAUUCAUUUUAGACUAAUGAUAUCUGUGAAGUUUAGAUUUUUGAGGAAUUUUAGUCGUAACCUCCAGUAUGAAAGCCCUAAAAAAACUGCAGUUCCUCUCAAGUCCACCAGAGGCUAGCCUUAGUCAUGAGUAGCCCCAUGGCAAACUUUCCAGCAGAAAUAAACUCAUCUAGCUGAUUUCUAUGGGAUGAGUUUAUAAUGUACUCUUGUGUUUAUAUAAAACUAAAGAUUAAAAAGAUCGCAGAUUGGGGGCGUGGCCUAUUUGAGUGACAAGUGGCUCCACCUUUUUGUCUGUUUAGUUGGAUUAAGACGGGGGCACUCAAGAGCUGUGGUUAUUGAAAGAUGCUCAAAAACUCAAGAGUUUAGUGGAAAAAAAUAAAGAGUGGGACUUUAUUUUUAGCAAAAAUCAGCCUGAGCCUCGGCUACCGGGAGGCUCAUUGACAACACCAACAAUAAGAUACAUCAAAUGUAAUAAUAUACUGUUUUAAAUCAUUCAGAAGAUAAAACAAAUGCUUUAGGUAUUAAAUUGGUGGCAUGAUAUAAAACUGUGGACACAAUAUGUUCUUAAAUUAAAGACAGGAGCUGAAAAAAGUUCAUAAACACAUUAAAAUCAUACCUUCAUUGGUGUUUGCCAUCUUUAGGUUUCUUAACGCCUCAAGAGGCCGAUGGGUGGAGACUCUAAGACUCAGUCAAACAGAGUUAAAAUGGCAGGUGUAGAGGUUUUCAUUGUGUAUCAGGUUAAAGAGGCAGAAUAACCUCCUGGUCCAGACUUUAGAGCUUCAUUUAGACUUUGGCAUCAGUCUGGGACAGAUGAUUCCACUGUAGUUAGCCUCGGCGCUAACUCUGCAGCCACACAAUGAGCAGCUUGAAUUAGCUGCUUUUGUUGUGUAACCAGUUGGAAUCAGCGGUGGACAAACAAACAGAUUUAUGUGGACGACACUGAUCAUGGAUCUGCGGAUGCUCUUUUAAACAGGUAGAAGAUAAAUCCAGGGACUUUGGACCCAGUUGGUGCUUAUAUUUACAGAAACAAGGGUACUUGAACGCAGCGAAAAUCCAAUCACAUUUAUUCUCAGUUUGACAAAGACCAACUCCAUCUCUUUGAAUACAUCAGUGUCAUGCUGAAUGUGGGAACUCUGAGCUCUGUCUUUCACACACAGUUUCCUGGGCUUGAAUUCUCACUCUGAAAUUCUCAGAUGUAUUUUUAACUCGCGGUUCAGUUUCAGAUUUGUUUCUUGUGUCGCUACAAAAGUUAUCUUUACAUUUGCAAACUGGGAGUUCUUGUGCAGAGUCAUUUUCCACAUGAGUUUUAAGGCCUCGUUUACAACAAUAGACUGUGAACAUAUUAACUAAAAGGUUGAACUAGAUCUACCUGAUAAAAUCAAACAGAAAUGAAGGUUUACAUAUGUUUUCCACAGACUCAAACUGGGAGAGGGAGGGUUUUUUUCAUGAAUCUGACCCAGUAUUGAAUCUAGGACUUUCUAACAUUGAGUUUUUAACAUUUCCAUUUCCUGUCUGCAGGACGGUUACAUCGACUUUGUGGAGUACAUCGCCGCCGUCAGUCUGAUGCUGAAAGGAGAAAUCAACCAGAAACUAAAGUGGUACUUCAAGCUGUUUGACCAGGACGGCAAUGGAAAGAUUGAUAAGGACGAACUGGAGACCAUCUUCUCGGUAAAGUGGGGCGCAAACUUAGCUUAAUGGUUAAAGUGUGCACAACAUAUACAGGCGCUACGGUCCUCGUUGCUGGCAUUAUUCCAACUUAAAGUAGUGUAUCUCUUGGUCUGAUUCAAUACAGUCUAAGGACUCAUGACUGAACGGUCAUCCAGAGAAGAGUCAAUAGUCAGAAAACCAACUUGUAGUUGUUUUGGUGCUGUGGGCAGGUGUCACAUCCUGACUGUGUCUUAGUCUUGUUAUUGAGACCACAAUCAUGAGUAAGACUGCUGACCUGACAGAAAUCGUUAAUGGACACUCUCCAGAGGGGGGUCAGCCCCUAAAGGUCCCCGCUGUAAAGUUUGGCUCUUCACAGAGUCUGUAUGAAGUAGAUUCAAGGAAAGUUGGCUGAAGGGAAAAGUGAGGAAGGAAAGAGGAACAAGAAACAGGGAUGGUAAUAUUUCCGGGAUAUUUCAAAGGACUUGAAGGAGCUUCUGGACUGGACUGGACUGGACCGAGUCUGGAGACAGAGCAUCAAGAGCCUCUACGCACAGACGGGUCCAGGAAAUGGACUAUGAGUGUUCGUGCUUUCAAGACCCCCUUGAACCACCUGCUGUUGGUCUACUAUGAUUUAUCAAGUCCAGUCAACGUAGCCUUAUGUCCACCCAAAGAUUUUAGAGACCUUCAUGCUUCAUCUACUGAGAAGCUUUAUGGAAAUACUGCCCACAACGCCAAAACUCCCACUGAAAGCUUUGUUGACCAUUGAAUAACUGUGUUUGAUUGGCUUGCUUCUCAGCCAUGAACAAUCUGUGAGAUAUUUGUGAAGAGGGAGAUGAGGAAUACCUGACCCAGAACCAUGGAUCAGCUGAGGGCCGGUAUCAAAGCAACCUAAGCUUCAAAAGCACCUCAGCAGAGCUACAGACCUGUAGCCUUCAUGUUAGAUCACUAUGGAAACCCCAGUAUUGGGGGAGGAAUGAAGAGAUAGUCCUGUAUUUUAAACCCAUUUUAGAUGGAUCUUAGGACAUGUUCUCAUGAGCCAAAAUCUUAAAAAAUAGAACCUAAAAUUAUGACUUUAUAUCUUUCAGAUAUUUCAACAGACAUCUUAAUAAUCUUUGACAAAAAGCCUUUUGUAAAUCAGGACGAAAAGAACGAAAGAUGAAACUAAACAGGAGAAACUCUGCUGGUGUCAGUGAAUCAGCAGGACUGGAGCUGCAGCUCUGCUCUCCCUGAAAGCUGUGCUGGAUUAACUCUGAAAGUAGACAAGUGCUAAUCUGCUGAAUGAGCUCAAUCUCAGGCUCACAGGCAGCUCAGUGAAGUGGGUCGAGUUAGGCUGGGUGUGAAACCAGUCUGAGAGGUGUGGGAGACUCCAGUCUGCUGUGGAGAGAACAACCCAAUCAGAGUCUGGAGGGUGGUUGAAUCUGAUGGAUGAGUUAAAGCAAACUCUUUCGAAAUGUAAACACUACAGAUUAUCUGAUCUGAAAUGAACGUGACAAAAGAAAUGACGAAAUUUGCCUUUGAGACCAGGUAGAAUAAGGCUCGAACCUUUGCUCCAUGAUUGGUUUCACAAUCCUCUCCUAAUUGAACUUCAACUUUUAGAGUAAAUAAACAGACUAAACUGUGGUUUCUUUGCUUUGGCAGCCUGUUUCUCUGUUUAAGGUUGUGUUUGUCUCCUCCUGCAGGCCAUCCAGGACAUCACACGGAACAGAGACAUCGACCCUGAGGAGAUCGUCUCGCUCAUAUUUGAGAGGAUCGAUGUAAAAGGGGAAGGUAAAGCAAGACUCGGCCGAUACUGUUAAUACUACUGCUAAUGAAGUAGACAUGUUAGAAUUCACAUGUACAAAGAAGAAGCAGCAGUAGCAGGGCCAGCGAACAAGAUCAAAUGUGAUGCAAAUGCUCAAUGCAUAAUAGAAAAGUUUUAAAGUAAGGCAACAAGAAACAAAUUAACUCAAACUGAAUAAAGUGCUGAGGCUUAAAUAAACAGCCUGAAAUGUCCUUAAAAGUCCACUGUACAAAAUGAAACCUUGAAAACAAGACCUUCAAAUCAGCUAUCCACAUUGGGACAUCUGUGUUAGCUAAUUUAGUAAUUAAAGACGAAAAGGCAUUCCCUCCAACAUCAUCGCCUCAAAAGCCUUAAAAUACUAAUGAUAAUGUUAUCUUAUCUAAAAAGUUGGUUGCCUAAACUUUAAAGGUCACACCAAUCUAAGAUAAGCAUCUCAGAACUUCUCAAAAAAAAUCACAAGUUUAAAAUCUGCAGAUUAUGAAUGCAUGCAGAUGAUAAAUUUGUUUAUGUUCUCAAAAGCCUACCAGUGAAUGACGGGUGAGAUGUACAUGACCAUUAAAUACUAAUGACAAAUUAGCUUAGCAUCAGUUUUUGAAAAAGUUGCUUGUACUCUAAAAGUCCCACUUAACUCAGGCGGGCAUCAGAGAUGAUCACAAACCAGCUUGAAUUCUUUAGAUUAUAUACAUAUGCUGAUGAUGUAGUUCUUAACACCAGCCGGCUAUUGUCAAGAUGCUAACGUUAGCAUUAGUCCUUGAUUGCUGGGACUCUAAAAUUACACUGGACUCUGAAUCGUCUGAGUUCUGGUUGAAAUAUUUGUGAAACAGUUUACAAUCUGCAGAAUAAGUUUGUACGCAGAUGAUACUGUUCUGAACUCUUCUCGAGUCAAAAGGCUUUUUACGAUGCAUAACUUUUAGCCUUAUUCCAAUAAAAUGUCAUUCAUAAAACAAAUCGCUGAUAGAAAACCAAUAACAUUUAAAUAAAAGUAGAUUUUAACAUGGAGCUCUACAGGGAUUUAUUGACUUUAGGAGAAAACAUCUAGUGGAAAAACUGCAGAUUUUGGGACCUCUAUGUUGAGUUUUGUAUAUUGAAACCAGAUUUAAAAAAAUAAAAUGAUAAAAGUUCCCCAGGUUUCCUCAAUUUGACCACUCAAUUCUUUUUUGUUUGGCCAGGUGAGUUGACCCUGGAGGAAUUCAUUGAGGGAGCAAAAGACCAUGAAGACAUCAUGGACAUGCUGAAGAAAAUGAUGGACCUGACACCUGUGUUAGUGAUCAUCGUGGAGGGCCGAGCGGGGAUAAAGUGA